UCAAUGUCAACUCAGCUGAGUUGGUGAGCUGAGAUUUGUACAUAAAAAUAACCAACAAAAUGCCUUUAAUUAUAAUAUGUGGCUGUCCAGUGAGUGGAAAAACAACAAGAGCGAAAGAACUAAAAGAGUUCUUUGAGAAAACACACGGAAAACAGGUUGAAAUAGUCUCGGAAGCGGAUGCUAUAGUCAAGUUAGGUUAUGAACCAAAUGCUACAUAUUUAGACUCGCAGAAGGAGAAAAGAGUGAGAGGGUACCUUAAAUCGGAGGUACUACGACUUAUUGGGAAGGAUAAUGUUGUUAUAUUAGACGGCAGUAACUAUAUUAAAGGAUACCGCUAUGAACUAUACUGCGCAUCGAAAGCGUCAAAAUCAACUCAGUGCACCAUAUUCACGAUACGGAACCACCAAGAAGCUUGGGAGGCCAACAUUGAGCGGAUGAAUGCUCAAGCAGCUGACGCGUACAGCCAAGAGGUGUUUGACGCACUUACUAAAUUCAGGUUUGAAGAGCCGAACUCCAACAACCGAUGGGACAGCCCUCUCUUCACAGUUCAGCCGCAGGACCAGCUCGACUUGGAGGCGGUGUAUGCAGCCUUGUUCGAGAAGAAACCUCCUCCACCCAACCAGAGUACUCAAAACCCACCCCUAACCUCCACAAAUUUCCUCUACGAGCUAGAUACCAUUACCCAAGAAAUAUCAAAACAAAUCCUUGAAGCGAAACAGUUGAACCAAGACUCAGCCCGUUUCCCUGCCUACCCCGGCUGUACCCUGGAGUCAUUACCCCUGGUGACUCCUCAGAAGCUACUCCGCUUGAGGAGGCAAUUCCUCACUUAUGCCAAGAUGAACCAUGCCGGAGAAGAUAUGCAGAAAAUAGCCAGAUACUAUAUACAGUAUUUAAAUAAAACUCUAACGGAUUGA